UUAUUUGAAAUGAAUGCAGCAGCUCUAGCAAUAGGUCGUCUGAAGAGGAAGUGUCACAUCGAGUGGACUGUUUUAAGGAGCCGAGAAAACAACUCCUCGCAUUAAUCUACAUUAAAGGAAAGAUUCAGACUAUCUUAAACAGCUUUUACCCUCUUGAUAGGAUGAGCACCGAAAAGGACAACUACGCCCCCGUGGAGGUGGGCUUCUCGCAGCCUCCUUUCCCCGGUCAUCCUAACCUUCCUGCCGCGUUCAGCGUCAACGCACCGGGCUCGGAGUCCUACGGCAGCGGCGGCGUCCUGGCCCCCGGCGGCCUGCCCUACCCCUCUCCUCCGGUGUUCCCCGGAGCCUCCGGGAUGGAAGGAAAACUUCAAGAUGGAAAUUCAGGCUAUGUUAACCCCAAUUACCCCGGUUAUGCUGAAAAUGCAACACCAUAUUCCCCACCUGCCCCGGGCUUUGUUGACAGCUAUAUGGCCGCUAAUCCUUACCCGAACGAGGAGGCGCCUCCUCCCUUCAUAGACAAUCAAGACUUUGAUUUUGGAUUAGACAACAAGAGCAUUAGAAGAGCUUUUAUUAGAAAGGUGUACUUGGUGUUAACGGCUCAGCUCAUGGUGACCUUUGCAUUUGUGGCCGUGUUCACCUUUGUGCGGGAAGUGAAGUUUUUCGUCCAGACAAACAUCUGGACGUACUACUUGUCCUACGGUGUGUUCUUCGUGUCGGUUUGUGUGAUCAGCUGCUGCGGAAACUUCCGCAGAAGACACCCCUGGAAUCUGGUGGCCCUGUCCAUCCUGACUCUCAGCUUGUCCUACAUGGUGGGAGCAGUCGCCAGCUUCCACAGAACGGAGUCUGUCAUCAUGGCGGUGGGAAUCACCGCAGUCGUUUGUUUCACGGUGGUCAUUUUCUCCAUGCAGACCAAGUAUGACUUCACUUCCUGUUACGGCGUCCUUUUCGUUUGCUUGCUGGUCCUUAUCAUCUUCAGCAUCCUUUGCAUCUUCUUUCAUAACAUGAUCCUGCAGCUCGUCUACGCUGGACUGGGAGCUUUACUUUUCACUGCAUUCUUGGCGGUGGACACCCAGCUGCUGCUUGGCAACAAGGAGCUCUCACUGAGCCCAGAGGAAUACGUCUUUGCUGCUCUCAACCUCUACACGGACAUCAUCAACAUCUUCCUCUACAUUCUUGCUAUUGUGGGCAGAGGCAGAGGCUGAGCGAAGGCAGCAGCUCAGACAGAAAAGUAGUUUGGAAUAAAGAGUGUCCGUAAUCAAAGCCUUCCAUUUGCUUUCUAGCCUGUAUUU